UUUUUGUCUCAGGCCAUCAGUCAUACCAGGCAUCUUCUACCUUCCCACGUGGCUCCAUCUCAACCAACCUCCGUUGAUAAAUAAACUGGAAAAUAACAGCAUAAACAAAAUCAAAUUCUCAUCUUCUUAGAUAUCAUCCCCUUCACUUACCUCUUCUCUCAUGUGCAAAUAUGACAGCAAGAGCAAUUUUACACAGCAUUUACAGCAGCUCCACCACAAAUCAAACCUCUGCAUCCGACCAAACAAGAAAUCUCAUAAAAAAAGAAUCUGUUUCUGCUUCUUCAGAUUCAAAGCUGAGGCAAAAACCCAACCUUAAGGCCUCCUCUGUUGCCCGGACACUCAACUCCUACGUGGAAAUUGGGCAGAUGGUAAAAGCUCUUACCUUGUUCCAAACUCUUAAGAAUCCUAAAAACUUCCACUGGAAUGUGAUGAUCAGAGGAUACACAAACAAUGGGCAAUAUGAAGAAGCCAUCAAUUUCUACUACCAAAUGCAAAAUGCAGGCAAUCUUGCAGACAACUUUACCUUCCCUUCUGUCAUCAAAUCCUGCACCAAGUCGCUAUCUUUGAGCCAAGGGUUGACGAUUCAUGGACAGAUAGUUAAGCUUGGACUCCCCUCAGAUAUUUAUAUCUGCAACUCUCUCAUUGCAAUGUAUUCAAAGCUGGGAUUGCUGGAAUCCGCGGAAAGAUUGUUUAUUGAGAUGCCUAUAAGAGAGACAGUUUCAUGGAAUGCAAUGAUGGAGGGUUAUGUAUCUAAUGGUGAAGGACUGAAAUCAUUGUCUUUGUUUAGAAAAUUGCAAGAGGAUUUUGGGGUGAAAUCUGAUGAGCUUGGAGUGCUGAGCGCCCUUGAAGCUUGUUGCUUGGAAAGUUUACCAAAGAAGGGGAAGGAGAUUCAUUGUCACAUAAUCCGGCAAUGCUUUGAACUGGAAAUCAAAGUUUUGACUACUCUUUUAGAUAUGUACUGCAAUUGUGGAGAAAUUGUUUAUGCUGAGAGAUUGUUCAGCUUGAUGCCUAAGGAAAAUGUUGUGGCUUGGAAUGUUAUGAUAAAUGGAUAUGUUCUCAGCAACCAACAUGAGAUGGCUUUUGCUUCAUUCAUGAAGAUGCAAGAGAGUGAUAUAGAACAGAAUGCCAUAACUAUGGUGAAUUUGCUCCCAUCUUUGACCCAACUGAGAACUUUAUCUCAUGGGAAAUCAGUUCAUGGCGCUGCUAUAAGGAGAGGAUUGCUUCCUCAUUUGUUUCUUGAGACUGCAUUGAAUGUUAUGUAUGCAAAAAAUGGGGAGCUGAGAUCUGCCAAGUUGUUGUUUGAUGAAAUGCCUGAAAAAAGCCUGGUGGCAUGGAAUGUCAUGAUAUCUGCUUAUGUGCAGAAUGAAAAAAAUUUGGAAGCCAUUGAUAUAUUCCUAAGAUUACUGAUGGAACAGCCAUUGUUGAAGCCUGAUGCAUUUACCAUCUCAAGCAUUGUACCGGCAUACUCUGAACUGACUUCGCUGCCACACGGGAAGCAGAUUCAUGGCUAUGUUUUCAAAUUGGGUUAUGAAUCCAACACUUUGAUACAGAAUUCCAUCAUAUAUAUGUAUGCAAGAUGUGGGGAUCUAAGGGACUCAAGAAAAGUGUUUGAUAAGAUGCUAUGUAGAGAUGUUGUGACAUGGAACACAAUUAUUCUUGCUUAUGCAUUUCAUGGGCUUGGCAAUAACGCAUUAGAUAUGUUUUCAGACAUGAAAAAACUUGGUUUUGAACCAAAUGAGAGCACAUUUUUAUCUGUGUUGUCAGCUUGCAGUGUGUGUGGCUUCAUAGAUAAAGGUUGGAUGUAUUUUGAUAUCAUGCAGAAGGAACAUAAAGUUAAUCCUCAGAUCGAGCACUACGGAUGCUUGGUUGAUCUUCUUGGCCGGUCUGGAGAUCUGGAGAAGGCUCUGCAAUUGAUAGAGACAAUGCCUGUGGUUCCAACUUCCAGAAUUUGGGGUUCUUUGUUAACUGCAAGCAGAUAUAACAAUAACAUCCAAGUAGCAGAAGUUGCAGCAAAAAGAAUUUUCGACAUAGACCAUGAUAACACUGGAUGUUAUGUCAUACUCUAUGGUUUGUAUGCUGGUGCUGGCAGGUGGGAGGAUGCAGAGAGAGUGAGAUCUCUCAUGAAGGAAAAUGGUCUGCAGAGGACAAGAGGAAUGAGCUUUGUCGAGCUAAACUGUAAGACAAGCAGUUUUGCUGCAGGAGAUAGGUCACAUAAUGAAAUUGAUACAAUUCAGCUAGUAUUAGAUAUACUGUCCAUGCAGAUAGGUGAAAAUGCUACUACUUUGGUUACCAGAUUUAACCCACAGGAUAUUGUGACAAUGAAAGCAAAUCUUCCAUGUAGGCAUAGUGUGAGGUUAGCAGUCAGUUUUGGCUUAAUUUCGUCGGCUUUGGGAACACCUGUUCUUGUUAAGAAGAAUAUCAGAAUUUGCAAUGAUUGUCAUAGUGCAAUAAAAAAGAUAUCCAGUUUUACAGGAAGAGAGAUAGUUGUUGGUGAUUCAAGCAUCUAUCACCAUUUCAACAAUGGCUUGUGUUGUUGUGGUGACUAUUGGUAAAUUAUCCUUUCAAGGGAGAUUAGAGACAUGUAGUCAUUUUGCUGACAACUCAUUAGGAAUGGAAGAAGAAAUUUACAGAACUUACAGAAGAGAAUCUGAUCCAUACAAAGCAUUCCAUCAUAAAAGGAGUUAAUAUUCGGUAUGAAGAUACUUCUUGAAUAUAAGAAUCUAUCCUGUUGAACUAAUGCAGCUAUUUCUAGCAUGGAUGCUGAGGAAAAGCAGAUUGGAGGAACAUAAACGAUAGUAAAACUUGUAUUACUCUGAUGGUGAUAAAUAUCAGAAAAUUGACCCAAAACAUAGCAAAAGGAUUGACAUUUCUAUAUUUCAAAAUCGAAAAGAAUAAUGUAAGUCAAUUAAAACAGGGUAAUCAAGGAGCACUCGAGCAUGGAUGCACAGUAUCAUGAUAAGAAUUUGUUAA